UAACACACAUACAAUGGCUUCCAAGUUUGUAGUACUCGCCGCCCUGAUCGCCGUAGCCCAUGCCAGCGGUGGUUACAGCAGCUUCUCCUAUGGUGUAUCCGACCCCCACACCGGGGAUGUGAAGAGCCAGCAUGAGACCCGUGCCGGUGACAACGUGGUCGGACAGUACUCGCUGUUGGAGUCCGAUGGCACCCGCCGCACUGUUGACUACGCUGCCGAUGCGCACAACGGUUUCAACGCUGUUGUUCGCAAGGACCCAGCUUACGUCGCCCACGCCGCUCCCGCUCACGUCGCCUACUCCGCCGGGAUUGCCGCCUCUCCCAUUGCCUACGGAGCAGGAAUUGCUGCCUCUCCCAUCGCCUACGGAGCAGGCAUUGCCGCCUCUCCCAUCGCUUACGGAGCUGCUCUCAACCACGGAGCUGCCGCUCCCCUCGCUUACGGAGCAUCUCCUUUGGCCUACAACUCAUACGCUGCCGCUCCCCUCGCUUACGGAGCUUCACCUUUGGCCUACAACUCAUACGCCGCCGCUCCCCUCGCCGCCGGCUACGGUGCCCACGGUCUCGGCUACGCUGGUCGUCUUGGCUGGUAAACUGUUGACAGAAGUUAAACAUAAACUGUGAUUUUAAUGACAAAUAGGUAAUAAGUUGUUAUGUUGAGGAAGUCAAAUCUUUUAAAGAUCCAAAGAACAUCAAUAAUUGCA